AUGCAAAGGAAAGAGAACCAGAAAGUGAAUGAAUUUAAGUAUUUAGGUUUAACAGUAGACUGCGAAGGAUCUAGCAAUGCUGAACUUAAAAGGAGAGUGCAGGCAGGGUGGAAUAAGUGGAGAAAAGUGACGGGAGUUUUGUGUGACAGGAACAUGCCAAUAGGAGUGAAGGGGGAAAUCUACGGGACGUGCGUAAGACCAGUAAUGUUGUAUGACAUGGAGACAGUACCAGUAACAAAAUUACAAGAAGCAAAGGUGGAGGUGGCAGAGAUGCGAAUGUUGAGAUUCACUCUGGAUCUCACACGGAAAAACAGAAUAAGGAAUGAGACAGUGAGGGACAUGCUAGCAACAAGAAGGCUUGAGGAGAAGUUAAGAGAGUGGAGACUGAGAUGGUUUGGCCGCGUGAAGAGAAGGGAAGAGACCUACGUUGGCUGA